AUGGGUGAUUCCAAUAAGAAAGAUUCCGCCACGGACGAGGGUGUACAAGGCAUGCGAAACCUGCCGACAACACAAAGUGAAAUGCGACGGAGUGCUAGGAGGCAGCUCGGGAUCUCGGAACAGGUCGUCCAGACCGCACACAGAAUUGUGGAUACCAGACCGCUGGACAGUGAUGAUUUUGCUGUCCAAUAUACUAUGCCAUGCAAUGUGCGACAACAAAACGAUCUACCGUACGUCUUGGGGGCUCUCAAAAUCAAUGAGAGCCCGUCUGGCCGUGGGAAAAUCACCCGGAUCUUCGGCCCCACGUCCACGGUUACUGUGCUCAAUCUGAUCUUAGACUUGAUCGCCCAAUCAAAUAGUUCUCAUUCACAUGGUCUGGCUGUAGAAUCACAGAAGAGACCCCAUACAGACGUCUUGGAAUAUCUGCGCCAGGCAAUCGCCACUCACGCGGCCCUUCGUCCGCCAUCCUUAAACCUUAGCCCGCCAGGCCCGCUGGAUACUGUGCCGCUCCAGGUUCAGAGUCUCCUCCUCGAGCGAUAUAUCGCAACGUCCUGGGAAAUUCUCCCAUUUCAAUCGCCCAGUAGUCUUCGUGCGCGUCUUUCCAGUCUUUCUUCUCAGCCAAUCUCACAGAUGCUUGAUGAGGAUAAGGCUCUUCGCUCUAUCAUGUUUCCUCUACUUGCCAUUGGGUCAAUCACCACCGGUCAUGCGGACCUCGGAGACAUGUUUAUUGGAGAGGUACAGAGAAAUAAAGUGGCGCCAUUCUACAUGGGUGAUAUACUAGCUUUACAGAGUGAUUUGCUCAUGAUAAGUGACCCCCUCAUUCUCUUUUCAUUAGGCAACUCAACUAACUACCAGUAUCCACCACCAGUAUCACACUGA